AUGGCUCGGGUGAUUGGUAUCGAUCCUGAUACAACUUAUUCCUGUGUUGGAAAAUUUCAACAUGGCAAAAUGGAAAUCAUUGCUAUUGAUCAGGGAAAUCGUACAACACCUGAAAGAAAUGUCUUGAUUUUUUAUUUGGGUGGUGAUACAUUUGAUGUGAGUGUGCUGAAAAUUGCGGGAGGUAUAUUUGAAGUCAAAUCGACAGCUGGUGAUACCCAUUUAGGAGGCGAAGAUCUUGAUAAUCGAACGGUGACGCAUUUCAUCGAAGAAUUUAAACGUACAAACAACAAAGAUUUAUCCCAAAAUAAACGUGCUCUUCGUCGUUUACGAACAGCGUGUGAACGCGCAAAGGCAUUGCGUGAUGCUAAAAUGGACAAAUCACAUAUGUAUGAAAUCGUUCUAGUCGGUGAAGUCGGUGGAAGUACACGUAUUCCAAAAGUACAAAAACUUCUGCAAAAUUUCUUUAAUAGAAAAGAAUUAAAUAAAUCAGUUAAUCCCGAUGAAGCUGUUGCUUUUGGUGCUGCUGUUCAAGCUGCCCCUUUAACGGGCGAUAAGUCGGAAAAAAUUGAAGAAACCUUAUUGUUAGAUAUUACACCCCUAUCAUUAGGUAUUGAAACAGCUGGUGGUGUAAUGUAA